AUGUCUAGUCUAUUGCACGAAGUCGGAACUCCUUGCCCGUUAAAGUCAAGGAAUUCGAGAAACAGUGAUACAAUUCAUACAUUUGAUAAUUCGUGGGAAGGGAGCUUGGAAUGUGGUGACGACACUAACAGCCUCGAUUUCACCACAGCGAUCAAAAACAAUACCUUGAUUGCAGUCAAGCCCAAGCGAAGGGUGAAGACAGGAACGUCGUUCACAAUUCACGAUGACAAAAACGAGAGACCUACACACGCAGUGCCGAAAUGCAAAAGAGAUAGCACAAUCACAGCUAGAAUUACAGGCCGCAAAUCCUCAUUGCUUGCCCAACCAGCCCAUAGAUUCCGCCCGAAAGCCAGCUUCGCCUCGAGUUCGCCAGCCAAACCACAGAGCCAGAAAGCAGAAGUCAAGCAGCAAAGACAGAACAUAGAUGCCGGCGCAGAGACAAACAGGUCGCUCCUAAUGCGAAUCAAUGGCGGAGGAGACGAAAAUCAACAUAAAGAUAAACUGAAACGAGAUGUGCGCCGCAAUACGGUCUUCAUUCCCCCGGACGAUACCACGGUCGCCAGCGUGUUUAUGAGGAUGUUCAGUCCGCUCAAGUCCGACAACCUCAAUCUUUAUGUUCCAGAGGACACGGAGAUCAACAGCCUGGAGUCACAAAUUGCGCGGAAGCGACAAGUGAAGAGAGCAAUGGCCUCAGGUCAAAAGACUCCGCUACAACCAAGUCUUCAAGUCGCGCAAGGAAGCGCCAUAAACGUCGAUAUCGCUGGCAAGAAUACUGGGAAGGAGAAUAUCCCUCCGGGGGCAAUGCUCUUCAAUUCCAAUGAGAAAGGUUUCUGGAAAUCGAAUACGGAAGAAAAACUAAACUCAAAAUCUCCCAGAGCUAUAUCAGACAAAGCUCGUCCUUUUGCAGACUCUAUGCCAAAGCCACUGGCGAAGGUGUCCACCAGUCAAGAGCUAAGGAGAUCAGUGCUCAGAGAGAAACGGCAUAAUGCUAGGGCAUCUGUGAACAGCAUCGGCAGCAAAAUGGACGGUGUCGUCAGAAGCAACUCGAGACUUGAAGGCGCCGUUCUGUCCACUUCCAGAAGCACACCCAUUCCGGAUGCGCUCAAACAGUCCAAAGCAUUUAAAAGUAACACCUCACUAAUCAGGAAAGAGGCUACGAUGAAGGACUUUGCACUCAUAUCCGACGAUAUUGCCAACCCAGCGAUGUAUGAGGACUAUUGGCUUGCACAUCAGGAGAUAGUAAUUACUCAGUUAGCCAACCGGUUAUUCGAUCAAACGGACGGUCACAUGAGAUAUGAUGACCAUGCAGCACGCAGGCACGAGCUUCUUCAGCUGUAUCAAAGCGGUCCUUUUGUUGAACUUCAUAAGCGAUUUCAAGCGUCGUUGACCUAUGGCUCUCUCAGUAUGCCAAAAGAUGCUCUAACACAAACAAUGCGUCUGAGACAUGACUUGGGUAUGAAGCGGAAGUUUUUGGAUAUUUGGUUGGAAACGUACGACCUUCGAGCACUGAGAGCGGCUGCCGAGACCGUUACCGGAAGAAGAGUUGAGAAUGAGACCCUCGAUGGAGAUUUCCAUCAUUCCUCGGUCGAAACCACCGCAGAUAAGGAAAAAAUUCUCAGACGAAAACUGGGACGGUUCUUGGAUGUCUUCUUGGUACAAAAUAGAGAUAUGGAUCGUGAUGCGCAGGAUCUUAGCCAUGCAGGCUCAGAUAUGAUGUCCCAAGCAUACCGCCGUACAGUCCUCCGGAGUAUCAUGAUGGUUAUACUUUUGGACAAGGCGAGAUCGUGUCCAGGAACAAUGCUUCCAAGUUGCCUUUUUAGGUCCUCCUCGUCUUUCAAGUCUUCCGCAGCGGUUAUGCAAGCACUGGCCCGUCUUCUACUGCCAGCAUCGGGUGACAUUUUGAAAUCACUCAAACAUUUGGACUGUCACAUGUCAUAUGAACAGCACCAACUGCAAGAGUACGAGUAUCAAAUGAGUAAUCUUGCGGUUGACCUGAGGGAUGGUGUGAGAUUGACUAGGAUUGUGGAAUUACUACUUUAUCCAUCAGCAGGGGCCGUAGGGGAAUCGGUGCCGCUGCUGGACAAUGAUCAAUGGCCGCUAUCAAGACGUUUAAAGUUCCCCUGCUCGAGCCGCACGGUGAAGAAGUUCAAUGUACAGAUUGCUUUGGAUGCCUUAAAGUUGACAAGAGGUGCUGCGCCGCUUGUUUGUGACCUGCACGCCGAAGACAUAGUUAAUGGCCAUCGCGAGAAGACGAUUGCCUUGCUAUGGGGGUUGGUCAGCAGAUGGGGUCUUUCGGAGCUCAUCGACUGGGAUGAUCUGAGGAAAGAGAUUGACAGACUUAGGCAGAAAGCUACAUCACAGCUCGGAUACGCACAGGUCAACGAUGCAAAUUUGAUUAAGGAGAAGAGUUCUAAUGACGGGAUGGAAGACGAUGAAGCUGUUCUAUUGCUCAAGGAAUGGGCAACCAUCUUGGCGCAUCUGAGUGGCCUCCGGUUGGAGAAUCUCAGCACAAGCUUUGCGGAUGGAAAGAUCUACGAGGCUAUAGUGAACGAAUACGAAGACUAUAUCUUGGGCAAUGCCGCGUCAAGUCCCGACCAAAAGGCAACUACAUUGGCAACCCGUUUACGAGCACUUGGCUGCAAUUCUCAGUUUGCAAACCUCGUUUCUCCUGGCAAUUCCCACAAGGCACACAUCUUCGACAGCAGUUUCACAGUUGGAGCGCUCGCCUUCCUCUGCUCUCGUCUAUUUUCGUCAACCAAACGAGCUCGAGCUGCUAUAGUGCUCCAAAGUGCAUGGCGACGCGUCCUCGCAAGCCGAGAAGCUCACCGACGAACUUUGGUGAGGAAUCUGGCAAUGCAAUGCGCAGCGGUCGUGCAGACAAGGGAUCGGCUGCUUCGGGCCAAAGCUAAUAUUCUGCGAUGGUGGAGGAGAAUGAAAAGGCAAAGGCAGCAACGCAGCAAGAUGGGCAGUCGAUUAGAGAGGCGUCUCCAGGCAGCGACACGGGCGCCUCAACGUGGCCAUGGAAGGACGCGUGUCUAG